CGACGUCGCAUUUGAUUUCUGGCAACAUUCGUUGCUAUAGCGACGUUUGUUUUGGUUUCAUUUUCCUGUCAACACAAAUCCGGUUUACGCGGAAAUUGUGAAUGUGAGAUAAAAUAAUUUAGUGAAUUAACAAAUGAAAGAGAUCGAAAUCACCAAGUUUCUCGUGUCAUUCACGGGUCAAAUUGAAAAUGUGGUGUUUCCGGCUGGUGUAUUUGACGAGUUGUUGUAUAUUCAAUAUGAGGCUGUAUGGGGCCCCGAUUGGAGCCCUGUGUCGGGCUUAACAUCAGGGAACAGUCAGAUGGCUCGUUCUGGAGCUGACCCUGAGAGAGUAGUAUUUAACAUGCCCUUGGAAAUGGUUUUCAGCAGCACAAAUGUGUCUGGAUGGCCCCAAUUGGUGAUCACAGUCCGAGCACAAAACACGAUAGGCGGGGACACGCUACGCGGCUACGCGUUAGUUCCUCUACCGGCCACGGCAGGCGCGCGGGCGGUCGUGGCGCCACUGCUGCGCCCGCUUGCCGCGACGAUGCUGGGAGAGUGGCUCGCCUGGCUAGCUGGCAGGCAUCCUGAACUCGCAGAGCCGAGGAUGCUGGCAUCUGGAAAAGAAAAUUACUUAUUGAGAACAGAGUCGUACGGGACAGUUGAGGUGCGAACGUCCAUGGUUUCCAAGGACUUCAGGCGCCUUGGGUACGACAACCAACCGUCUUCAAACGAAACUUAUUCCUGAUAUUCAUAGGCAAGUUUGUAAUAGGUAACAUUCAAAAUUGGGGCAAAAUUAUUUUCGUUAUCUUGUUUUGUCCCCAAUAAAAGUUACGGAAUAGACCUUCUUGUACAGGGUGAUAUUUUGUUUUUAAUUUUACCCAUUAUAAUUUACCUACUGCUAAAACUAACAACUCGAUUUUUAUCCAUUUGAUAAAUGAGAAAAAUAAAAGAGAGACAGUGAUCAGAAUCAAAACAACGGAAAUAAUUAUGACCCUUAUACCUAUGUUUUUAAUUAUUAAAGUUUGUAGACGUUUGCUAUCAUUCUAUAUAACUCCAUCUAAUUUUCUUAAG